AUUCAAUAAUCAAUUUUAAUAAAGCUACUAUAGAAAACAACAAUGGCCUUUAGUGAAGGAGAAGUUUGUAGAAUUUGUUUAAGCGUUAAUAUACGAAUGUUUGCACUAAAGGAGACUGGCCUCCAAGAUUUGUAUAAGACAUUGACGAACAGUUUUUUGGAUGAGAUUGAGGGGCCAAUAAUUGUCUGUUUCACCUGUCAUGCAAGACUCAUUCGUUGCAGAAGAUUACAACAACAGGCUAUUGAGUCAAAUGUGGUUCUGGAGCAGUUGCUUUCAGGAGGAUCCAUGGUAUUAUCCAUUCCAUCCAUUAAAACCUAUAAAAGUCCACUGCUGAACAUAGGUCUCACUCAAAGAUUGCUUCAUAAGAGGGAUUUAGCCAAAUUUGCCACACUUGGCAAGUUGGCAACCGUAGUUUAUAUUAGUCUAAGUUAUCAUCAGGAAGAUGCGGCCGCCCUACCUCUGUUUCUGUUUCCUUCUGCUGCCUCUUACGACACCCAUCCCGUGGAUAGGUAUAUAGAAUAGUACAGGGGUCGGCAACCUGCGGCUCUUUGGAUAUGAAGCUGCGGUUCUUUAGUUUCAUACGGAAAUAUUAUUUAUUUUAUAAAAAAAAUUAUAAAUCGAUCCAUACUGAGCCAUUUGGGGUUGAUACUCGAUCUCUAGAAAUGCAAUUGAUCGAUUUAAAAAGUAAAGCUUUGUGGAGUUGAAAAUUUACAGAGUUGAUAAGGAAGUUGGAAAAGUUGGAGGUCCAGAAAUGUAUGUAUGUAACGCAACAAAAAUGAACAGCUUUAAAAGAAAUGCUGCGAGUUGAGUUAUAUUCGACGCAUGGAAUAGUCUUCCAGAUUGCUAUAGUGAGGUGAAGAAGUUGGCAUUUGGAGUGCUGACUAUCUUCGAAUCGACAUAUUCGAGCCAAAACUCCCAUUGAAUUUGUUUGCUCAAUUGUUUGUACUUGAAGUAUAAGUUAGUGUUGUAAGACUUACAAUGUAAAUAAAUGGUUGUUUUAAUUUUUUACUUAAAUAAGUGAUUAUCAAAUAAUACCAUAUAUAUAUAAAAGGUUGCCGACCCUGUGAUAGUGGAUAUGCUUACACUGUCACUGCACAAUCCACUUUUCUAUGCUGCUUCCCAUUGCUAUAUGGGAGAAUGUUUCUAGUGCAAAGUUAAGUUUGUCCUUCAAUCCAACUUACUUUUGUUAGAGCAAUAGUACUUAUUUUUACAAAAACAAUUAUCAAACUGUUUAUACUGUUAUAUAUUACCCUAUUGUAUAUAAACAAAUCUCAAUAAACAAAGAUAAAUCUUUGUCAAUUUACAGCUUUCGUGAAUCUGAAUCCAAAAGUUGUUGAGACUCGAUUCUCGGGAUAGAUGAACUAUGUACAUUCUUAUUUAAGUUUACACUGAACCCUCACUUUUGUCCGGUGUUUAUUAUUAUUUGAAGUUGUUGUCAGGAAGAUGCUGCCCCCCGAUCUCCUGUUUCAGUUUCCCUCUGCCCCUUUUUAAAACAUCUGCGGGAUGGCAGGGGGUAGUAUGGGUUCUCCUACUCCACCACUAUAGUGGCUUUUUCUCUUAUUUGAAAAAAUUAUUUCCUUUCAGUCAAUAUCAAAACCGCAUAAGGUUAGAGGUGAGAUUAAAUUCACACCAAUUUAUCAUAUAGAUAUCUGGCCUGUAGAUUGUGAUAUAGACAAUGAUUGUAAGGACGAAAUUUUUUGCCUUGAUGCCGUUAAAGUUGAGGAAGAGAUUUUCGAAUAUGAGAAUUCCAAAUUUGAAGAAAAUGAGAAUCAUGAAACAGGUAAGAUAUAUCCCUUUUCUUGAUAUUAUUCAAAUAAGGUACAAUUUACCUUAUGGCAAGUGGUUAUUGUAGCCCGUAGACACAAAAUAAAGAGGGCUUCAUGUGUAAUGUAUUGAUUUACUGAUUUGCCUUUGUCUAAAUUCAAAGUGCAUGUCAAAGGCUCAAAGAUACUUACUGGUAAGCAACCAAUUAUCUUUGCCAUCUUCUUAGUGUCAGUACUAGGUGGUGUGACUCCAUGUUUGCCUAGGAGUUGAUCUAUUUGUGCCUGCCCAGAUGGACUCCUCCCUCCUCCUCUUACCUAUUUCUGCCGUCAAAUAGCAGUGCGUGCACUGCUGUGUUCCAUUCUGAUGGGUAUAGAGUCAGAAUAAUCACAGGCUGUGGGUCAUUCCAUUUUAGUUGUGGUAGAGCCAUGCUGCAGCUAUAUUAGUAGUAUAGUUAUAGCAUGAAUGGGUCGGCUCGACCGGGGAAGGAUCACGCUCUCACAGAAUACCAGGGUGAAAUAGCAGCUUAACACUGCUGUCUUUCGUAUGGUGAUUGUAGAGAACUGGAUACCCUUUUUACUGGAAAAGAGGCAUUCCAUCGUAGUCCUCAUGGGUGACAAUGCAUGUGCAUUUUGAUUCUUUAUUGAGGACAGAUGUAGAUGUCUAUGGGUCACGGCGACCAUAUACCAUUGUGUGGACUGUGUGCUCGUUUGUCACCCUAUCCUAUAAAAAUUAAAAUGAAAAGAUGAGCGCAUUGCAUCAUUAAAUAUUCAUCAUUACAGCCUUCACAAGUCCACUGUUGAACAUAAGUCUCACCCACGGAAUGCCACAAAGCACAGGAAUCCAUCGCCUUCCUGCAUUUCUUACCAGGUCAUCAUUCCAGCUAAUGGAGGGCCGCCCUACACUUUGUCUACUGGUACGAGGCUGCCACUCGUAAAACUUUCUCAUUCAUUGUCAUUUCUGCGAGCUAUAUGGCCGGAAUUUCAAAUUUCAAAGAAUUAAUUCAGCAUUUGAAAUCAUGAUGUUGAAAGUAACUACAACAGAAGUGAGACGACGGGCCCGUGCUUGUGUUAGUAAUCGCAUCAAUUAUUUUGAGCAUCAACAAAUAAAUAAUUAGAAUUUUUAUUAGUCUGCCUAAAAAUUUAAAUUUUCUACCUCAAUCUGGUUUUAGGGGACAAUUGAAAAAUUUGUAACAAAUGCGUGUAAGUUAUACCUCAAAUGAAAGAGUAAUAACCAAGCAUGUUUUCAAAAAGGUUCUAACAAUAAAUUAAAGUACCAUCAGUUUUUUUUUAACGUUGUGUCAAAAAUGUUUAUUAUUUAAAAUGUUAAUUGUGUUUCUUUAAAUCGUAGAAAAUUUUCGUGAACUUAGUGUCUGUACAAAAAUAUGUCUGAUGACACAUGCUGAGACUAUGUUUUCUUAGAUUUCUUAUUCAUUACUUAAAUAAAAAAACAGACGUUAAUUAAAUUGGCAAUUAUUAGCAAUUAACUGUAAAAAUUUUAGUUUUAUCACC